UAUGGUCGGUGAUCUUUUCAAUCGCUGAAAAAUUUCUCUGUCGCUCUCUUUCGAUUAGUUUGUUUACGUUUUCUGGUUCUGAUCUUUCAUGGCAUCUGUUUAGGCAUCCAUCGAAUUCGAGGUUUUGCAGGUUUGAAGACCAUACCGAGCUACGAUUUCGGAGUUGCGAUCCCAAUUUGAAAGAUUGCUGGAGGUUUCCAUUAUCUUCCGGGAGAUAAUACGAAGCUGCAGUAUCGGAAUCCGUUACCUGUGAGUCUGUGUUUCCGGAUCCCCAUUUAGAAGCUCAUUGAAGUUAAUCAUUUUGGACAGCAAGUAGGUGUGGGAAAAUGGGUGUGGACGAAGUUUUGUGCGACUUUCGACCCGUGAACUUCCCCAUGAAGAGUGCGAUUUAUGUUUGGGGCUACAAUCACUGUGGGCAAACAGCGAGAAAAGAAAAGGAUUGUCACUUGAGGAUCCCCAAGCAACUUUCUCCGGAGCUAUUUAAUGCGUCCGGAGGGAAGAACUUGCGAUGGUUAGAUGUUGCUUGUGGCCGCGAGCAUACUGCAGCCGUUGAAUCGGAUGGGUCUCUGUACACAUGGGGUUCUAAUGACUAUGGUCAGCUUGGAGAUGGAACUGAAGAAAGCGCAAAGCACCCAACAAAAGUUAAGUUACUGCAAACUGAAUUUGUGAAAUCUGUAUCAUGUGGAGCACAUUGCACCGCUGCCAUUGCAGAACCACGAGAAAAUGAUGGUUCAAUAUCUACUGGAAGGCUUUGGGUUUGGGGACAAAAUCAGGGCUCCAAUUAUCCUCGCCUAUAUUGGGGGGCAUUUUCUCCUGACACUGUCAUACGCCAAGUCUCGUGUGGUGCAGCUCAUACAGUGGCUUUAUCUGAUGAGGGUUUAGUGCAAGCGUGGGGCUACAAUGAGUAUGGUCAACUUGGAAGAGGUUUUACUUGUGAAGGUCUACAGGGAUCUCGUGCGUUGAAUGCUUAUGGAAAAUUUCUAGAUGAAGCCCCUGAACUUGUGAAGAUUACACAAGUGUCAUGUGGGGAGAACCAUACGGCAGCUAUAUCAGAAAAUGGUGAGCUAUAUACAUGGGGACUGGGAAGUAUGGGACAGCUUGGGCAUUGCUCUCUUCAGUAUGGAGACAAAGAACUGAUUCCUAGAAGAGUGGUUGCUCUUGAGGGGGUUAUGAUCAAAGAUGUUUCCUGUGGUGGUGUGCACACGUGUGCUCGAACCAUUGAAGGAGCUCUUUAUGCCUGGGGUGGCGGUCAAGCAGGACAAUUAGGGCUUGGUCCUCAGACUGGUCACUUUUCCUGUGUUGCUAAUUCAUCUGAAAUGUUGUUUCGUAAUAUACCAGUCUUAAUCAUACCUUCUGGUGUACAUCUUGUCACCUGUGGACAUUCUCACACGCUUGUGUACAUGCGAGAUGGAAGGAUAUAUGGGUGGGGUUACAAUAACUAUGGCCAGGCAGCUAAUGAUAAAUCCACAUAUGCCUGGUUUCCUUCUCCUGUUGACUGGUGGGUCGGUGCAGUGACGAGAUUGGCUGCUGGAGGUGGUCACUCAGUUGUUAUCACUGAUGCAUGCACAUUGAAAGAGCUAUGUGAAUUUCGGCUUGCUGAAAACGUGACUAAAUCCAAUUCAUUGCUCAUUGAAGAUGUGGCAUCCCGAACUGGCUCAGAUGCAUUGGCUCGGCUUUGUGAACGUUUGAGGGAGGAUUGGUUGGAGAAGGGAGACUGUCAUCUUGGAGAGGCAAUGGGAGAAAUUGUAAGUAAAGAAAAGAGAUAAAUAGGAUUACAUAUUCUUACAAAUUCAUUAUUAGUGCUUAGAGACUGAUGCAAGCAAUAAAAAUGAGUCAAUUGGACUUGAAAAUUGAUUGUAGAACAGCAAUUGCUAUUUUAUAUCAAAUUUCCAUAUUUAAAUGUGAACCGAUUUUAAUUA